AUGCCAUCUACAAAGACAAUUGCUGUCGCCGUCGUGGCAUUGGCAGCGUCUGGUACCCAAGCCAGCGCCUGCAACCCAUCCAACCCACCCUCAAGCACCACCACAUCCGAAGCCCCAGCGCCAACUUGCGACGAAUACAUUCUCAACCCGGAAGCAGAUGAAGACUGUGGAGUAACCGGCGCCACAAAAGACGGGGGAAUCACCAUUGCCAGUAAUUAUCUGGAGGACUGCGCCAAGAGCUGCUACGACUAUGAGUCCUUCAAAUGCGAGCUCAUAAGCUUCGAGGCUCCUGAGACGCCCAGUGAGGAGGGCUCGUUGGUUGAUUAUCUUUGGGGCGAUACCAGCAAAGAGGAGAAGAAGUUGAUUCGAAAACUUGAUUUCUUUAUUCUUGUAAGCAAGGAGUUGCUUUUGGUUGAGCAUAAGACUAACUGGUCAGACAUUUUGUUGUCUGAGCUUCUUUUUCAAUCAUUUAGACAGGCCUUCGCAAAUGCAUACGUAGCAGGUCUCAAAGAGUCCCUUGACCUCAGUGGAAACCAAUACAAUGUCCUCCUCUCAAUGGCCUCAGCAGGCAUGCUCGUAGGCCAAAUACCCAGCAGCAUAAUCAUACACAAGAUCCGACCUCGGAUAUGGAUGUCCUCCAUGGUCGUCGUAUGGGCAGCUCUCACAAUGGCCAGUGCAGCUUGCAAGACCUACGCUCAGCUCUGCGCCGUUCGCUUCCUGAUGGGUCUCGCCGAAGCAAGUACCUACGCUGGCUCGAUCUACAUCAUGGGCUCUUGGUACAAGUCUAAUGAGAUCGCCAAACGAACCGCCACGUUCACAGUCGCAGGACAGGUUGGUAAGAUGUUUGCCGGAGCCAUGAUGGCAGCUAUCCACGAGUCGAUGGAUGGUCACGCCGGACUUGAGGGCUGGCAAUGGGUGUUUCUGCUUGAUGGCAUCAUCACAUUGCCUGUGGCCGUCUUUGGAUACUUUUUCUUCCCCGAUGUUCCAGAGUAUACCGACGCUCCUUAUCUGAACGAAAAAGAGCGACAACUUGCUCUUGAUCGUUUGCCGCCGAAGAAGGAAGAUGGUCAUAGCAUUGAAGCUUGGAGUCUUGUUAAAAGGGUUAUGGGACAUCCUUUGCUCUAUGUUUGCUGCAUCUUCUCCAUCCUUUCGGCGGCGCUGCAGACUUACGUCGUACAAGGUCUCAUGCUUCUUUACCUCAAGUUUCGCAAAGACAUUGACGGCUUUACUCAAUCUGAAGUCAACACCCUACCGAUACCCACUCACGCAGUCGGUAUUGUGGCCGAACUUUCCGUAUCCUUCUUUAUGGAUCGGUACAAUCGACGCAUGUCACUUGGCUUCCUGCUUUGUUUGAUACAGGUCGCAUGCACUGUUGUACUACUGAUUCCAGGGAUGUCAGUAGCAGGCAGCCUCACCGCCUUGUAUCUAUCCGCCUCAGCCUAUGGUAUUAACCCACUGUUGUACGGCUGGUCAAGCAAUAUUCUGGCGAGGACGGCCGAUGACGCUGCGCGCAGUGUAACGUUGGCUUCCAUGUCAGCGAGUGACGGACUUCUCUGGACGUUCUGGGGAAUCGCAUUGUUUCCGGCUGAUGAUGCUCCUUAUUGGCGAAAUGGGUAUAUCGCAAUGCUUUGUGUCAGUGCUGCUCUGACCGGUUGGCUAUUUGUUGUUCGCUGGCUCGACCGUUAUACUGCAGAGAAGUACCCGCCUAGUGAGAAUGAGAGCGCCUCAUCCUUGGCGGUAACCAGCGUGAACUUUACUACUAUGGGCGAGGAUGGGACAAGGGAAAAGACUGUUUGA